UCUAGCAAAAUUUGUGAAUAGUUCUUUCAGGAACGAACUGUCUGAUGAUAAAAUGAAUGAGCUUUUGAAACAGGUGCAUCGGCCUGAAAAUUGUGAUGCUCUUGUUAAAACUCGUGUUAAUCAAGGGAUAUGGCGUCUGCUGCGAUCUCAGGUUCAAUAUGAUGAUAAUAAAAUGCAAAGUGUUCAAGAACUUUUGGUGAAAGCAGCAUCUAACAUUACCAAAUCUGUUGACAUAUUAGCCAAUUCCACAGAAGACCCAUCAGUUGCAUGUAGUAAGGCCAUUGAUCUUUCAACCAAUGCUAUAGCCCUUUUAGGCCAGACCUACAGAAACAUUAACAUAAGAAGAAAAGAGCUUCACAAAAGCAGUUUGGACCCCAAAUACCAUUAUCUUGCCUCUCCAUCAUUGCCAUGUACAGAUUUUUUGUAUGGUGAUGACAAUGACGUUAAUAGGAAUGUUCGUGAGAUAAACGAUCUCAACAAAAUUGGCCGCAUUGGGCAGCAAUUUGGCAGAGGACGUGACUUCCGUCGUCCCCAUCCAUACAGAUCGGGGUUUAGAGGUCGAGGCCGAUUUCGUGGUCGAGGCCGUGGUGAUGCUGGCUUUUCAAAAAACGGCCGAGCAUUGGCACCGAGGAAAUAGACAAGUUUGCUGGGACGCCUAGUACAGAAAGUACGGGUGGAUGCUGCGGAGAUGGUCCUGGUGGCACCUCUUUGGGUAACGCAGAAUUGGUUUACUCCAAUCCUCGAGAUGUUGAUACAGGAUCCUCUCAUCUUGAAGGUGAAGAAACAGACUUUGAAUGUUCCAGGAACCAAAAAGGUACAUCCUCUGGUGAACAAGUUGCAUUUGAUGGUAUGUCAUAUAUCAGGAAUUCCUUCAAAAGCCGAGCUUUAUCGGAAGAAUCUGUCGAAAUUCUCAUGGCUUCUUGGAGAAAAUCCACUAAGAAGCAAUAUCAGUGUUACAUCAAGAAAUGGGUUCUCUUCUGUUGCGAAAGGAAAAGUGAUAUUUUUCAAACGACUAUUGAAUCAGUAAUAGAAUUUCUUACUUAUUUAUACAAACAAAAAUAUAGCUAUGAAACAUUGAACACUGCUCGUAGUGCAUUGUCAAAUUUGUGUAAGUUAGUAGAUGGACAUUCUGUUGGUUCACAUCCAUUAGUUGUCAGAUAUAUGACAGGAGUUUUCAAUUUACGGCCAAGACGUGUUAAAUAUACAGAGACCUGGGAUGUGGCCAUUCUUCUGCGUUAUUUGAAGACGUUGACACCAGUUUCAUCUUUGACUUUGAAGAUGUUAUGUUGCAAAUUAGUAACUCUUAUUGUGCUCACUCAAGCAAGUCGUUCACAUUCAGUUAGUUUAUUAACUUUGGACGGAAUGAAACAAGAAGAUUCAUUCUUUGUUGUAUACUAUAGUGGGUUAUUGAAGCAAUGUCGUAAGGGUAAAGUAAACCCUUUUGUUAUGCUAAAGAAAUACAAUUUAGAUAAUGCUAUAUGUGUGUACACUACACUUGAAGAAUAUAUUUCACGUACAAGGAUAUUACGUGGAGUAAAUAUGAAUUUGUUUAUCAGUUAUAUUAAGCCUUAUAACUCUGUUGGACCUACUACUAUUGCUAGAUGGGUCAAAUUCAUGAUGAGUAAAGCUGGGAUUGAUGUAAAUAAGUUUAAAACGCAUAGUGCUCGUUGUGCUACAACUUCAAAAGCUAAGCAGAGUGGUUUACCAUUGGCGGAGAUUCUAAAAGUUGCUGGGUGGUCAAGUGAGAGAACAUUUGCCCAGUAUUAUGAGAAGCCAAUAGAGAACUGUGAAGAUUUUCAAUCUGCUGUGCUGCAAUAGAUACACAUUAUUAUAAGGUAAUAUUUAAAGGUUUCUUUAAAUAUUGGCCCAUAUUUAUAUCGUAGCUCAAAAAAGUCAUGUCCUUCAGUGUUGAAGUCUCAUUUGAGCACGGAAGUUGUAUGACGUAAUAGAAUUCCCCCAAACAAACUAGACUUACCUUAAGUUGACGUUUGGUUGGAAUUCUGUGUAGUCAUAUGACAACUGGAGGGAUCAAAUGCCCUCCCUCACCACCCUUUAUUUUAUUUGGUGAGAGUUUAAAAUUUUCAUCUGUAUUCAUUUGAUAUGGACAUAACUUUUUUGAAAUCGUGUUGAAGACUGACAAUAUAUCGAUCUGCUCGUGCACAUCUCAU